AUGGGCUUUGUGUAUAAAAUGGCCGCGGAGGUACGCAUUUGGCUAGGCUCUGUCACUGAUGUAUGCAAGUCAACGCCAAAUAUACAAGAGGAACUUGCGAAUUAUCGAUCAAGACGAGUUCCGAUACCUAAAGGAUCCUACUCUCUCUUAUCCCCAGAAGAAAAUACAGAUGAGGUCUUGGGUAGUGAAAGCAGACUGAUUAUCAGGAGGGCACUGCUCGAAGCCAUGAAAUACGUCAUGGAUGACGACCGCCUGCUCGGUCAGGAAAUAAGAAACGACUGUUUUCUAGAUGAAAUACAAGCUCUCGGAAUGCGAAUCAUAGCUAUGCAACCCUGGUGGCGACGCGUUUGGGUCAUCCAGGAAGCCACGCUUCCAGAAAGGGAACCAAUCAUGCAAUGCGACAAUUUCAAAAUCGGAUAUCGUAAGUUUCUCGAAUCGGCGGACCAUUUCAUGUUUUCAGGUACACCAUUGAUACCUUCUCGAACCCACAUACCCCUCAUUGUUCACGGCAUGUUUCAAGAAGGACAUGAACCAUCCGAAACAUCUCUUGCGAGCCGUCUCCUUACGUACCUGAGCUGUAUGAGUGGAAAUUUUGAAGUGACCAAACCUAAAGAUAGGGUUAAUGGAUCAUACCCUCUCCGAAUCCUUGAAAGCGGACCUAGUAAUAUCGAAGGGAUACCUUCCUGGGUUCCAUUAUGGGAAUCCAAAACAUGGAUUGGAGAGGAUAAAAAUCGUGGAGCUCCAGAAAGC